UGUGGACGCUCACGCGAAGGUUUUAGGGUCAAUCCAUCAAUCAGUCUUGUUCCAUCAAUCUUGUUUCCCGUCCCCUCUGUGGCGUCCCGCUCUCUGUCCUCUUCCUGCUCCCUGUCCCUGCCUUCCUCUCUGUCCCCGUCGCGCUCUCUGUCCCCGUCUCGCUCUCUGUCCUCGUCCCGCUCCUUGUCCUCGUCCUGCUCUCUGUCCCCGUCCUGCUCCUUGUCCUCAUCCUGCUCUCUGUCCCUGUCUUCCUAUCUGUCCUCAUCCUGCUCUCUGUCCCCGUCCCGCUCUCUGUCAUCAUCUUCCUCUCUGUCCCCGUUCUGCUCUCUGUCCCCAUCCCCCUCUCUGUCCUCGUCCUGCUCCUUGUCCUCAUCCUGCUCUCUGUCCCUGUCUUCCUAUCUGUCCUCAUCCUGCUCUCUGUCCCCGUCCUGCUCUCUGUCCUCUUCCUGCUCCCUGUCCUCGUCUUGCUCUCUGUCCCCGUCUUCCUCUCUGUCCUCUUCCUGCUCUCUGUCCCCGUCCCGCUCUCUGUCCUUGUCCUGCUCUUGUGUCCUCUGCUGCUGAGGACGCGUCUCUCCGCCCUCAAUCUUGUUUCCCGUCCCCUCUGUGGCGUCCUGCUCUCUGUCUUCUUCCUGCUCCCUGUCCUCGUCCUGCUCUCUGUCCCUGUCCCGCUCUCUGUCCCUG